AUGCUGGAUGAAGAUUUUGACAAUACAAGGGACUACGAGAAGUAUUUGGAACAGGAAGUUGUUGUCAUGCUCCGAGAUGGGAGAUACCUUUACGGCGUAAUGAAGUCCUUUGAUCAAUUUAAUAGCAUAACACUCGACAAAGUUAUAGAGAGGAUAUUCCAUGAUGGAAAAUACGGAGAAAGGAAACACGAGUUAUUUAUAGUGAGAGGGGAAAACAUUACAAUGAUAGGGCUCAAAUCUCCAGAAAUAGCAGAAGAACUGACACAAGUCAACUUCUGGGAUCUUAGAGAAGAGAUCCAAGCCCUGCAAGCCCAAACCCAGGUCGGUUGA